UUCUGAUAAGUCUUACCGGAAUCUCUGGAUGAUGUACGAACGAGAUAUAAGUAAUCAGCAACAGCAUUCAGGCAGACGAUUUCCUUUGACAAGCAUCCUUUUCUGUACCGUUAACGUACAUAAAUAAAUAUUCUCGUUUUUUAAUGCGCGAAUAGUCUUUUCAUCAUGGUUAAACAGUCUUUCGAUCUGCAGGAAGAAGGAACUGAAAAGAAAAAAUAUCCAAGAGCUGUAUUUUUUAUCAUCGGAAAUGAAUUUUGUGAAAGGUUUUGCUACUAUGGCUUGCGGACCAUCCUUACUAUUUAUCUCACACAACGUCUUCUCUAUUCUGGAAAUCAUGCCACCGUACUUUUUCAUCUUUUCGCCAUGCUCGCGUACUUCAGUCCCGUACUUGGUGCUAUCAUAGCAGAUUCAUGGCUAGGAAAAUUCAGAACAAUUCUGUAUAUUUCAAUUCUCUACCUAGCAGGAUGCAUCGUUUUAGCUGCUGGAUCUAUUCCAGCAGCUUUGGGCGAUAUGAGAAUAACAUCGUUAAUAGGCCUUUUCAUAAUUGCUCUUGGAACUGGAGGUAUAAAACCAUGUGUUUCAGCAUUCGGCGGCGAUCAGUUUGCUCCAGAUCAGACCAAGGAGAUCCAGAGAUUCUUUUCUUUUUUUUACAUUGCAAUAAAUCUGGGUAGCGUGAUAUCAACGUUUCUUACCCCCAUUCUCAGAGAGGAUGUCCACUGCUUUGGAUCAAGGUCUUGCUAUCCAUUAGCAUUCGGAGUUCCAGCUUUUUUGAUGAUUGUUGCCUUAGUUAUAUUUAUUGUUGGCAAACCUCUUUAUGUGAUGCAUCCACCAGAAGGGAACAUCAUUGUCGAGGUGUUUAAAUGCAUCUGUCAUGCCCUUGGAAGGAAGAUGAAAAGUUCGGAAAAGAAGAAAGAGCAUUGGUUAGAUUAUGCUGAAGACAAAUUUGAUAAAAAAUUAAUAAACAACAUCAAAGUUAUACUACAUGUGCUUCUUCUUUUCAUACCACUUCCUGUUUUUUGGGCUCUUUUUGAUCAGCAGGCAUCAAGAUGGACUUUGCAAGCAACAAGACUGAAUGGAGAAUUUUAUGGGUAUCAUAUCAAACCUGAUCAAAUGCAAGUUAUCAAUCCCUUUCUGAUUAUCAUAUUUGUUCCACUAUUUGAAUAUUGUAUCUACCCCUUAGCAUCCAAAUGCAAUUUACUUAAAAAACCUUUGCAAAGGAUGGCAGUAGGAGGUAUACUCACUGCAGCAUCAUUUGUGAUUGCUGGCUUUCUAGAAUUGAAGCUUGAAGGAUUAGAUCCCGUUUUCCCAGCACCGGGCUAUACGGAGAUGACCAUAAUAAACAACUCACCAUGUUCGAUAAAAAUAGACAAAGUCGGAAAUUUAACAGUUGACACAAGAAUUGAAGCUUUUGACAACAAAAUUGUGGGUAACAUUGCGCGAAAUACACUUAAUGACUGGGAAUUCGUUACAGAAAAUUGUACCGAAUUAUCUGAGCCAGAAUUCAAGAAAACUUUCAAUUCCACUAGUGAUAUUGAGUCAAUGAUGAUAACUAUUUAUGAUAGAAAACUUGAAGUUUUGAAGACAAAUGACACUAAAAUAAAGGCAAAAUCAGGAAAACCAAGAGUGAGAAUUUUCUUCAAUACGAAAUACAACUUUUCCAACCACCCGAAUUCUUCUUUUAUGGUCAAAAAGGAAGGUAAAAGGUACUUGAUUGAAAUAGAAAACUCUGAGUUUCCAACAUUGGGGUUAACUUCGUAUUCCGAAUUUGCGCCUGGAAAGUAUGAUAUACACACUCCAUUGAAUGCUACAUCCCACAACGAAAUCCCAGUGGGAAAUAUACGAGUUAGAUCUGGAGGGGCUUAUAUAAUCAGUAUUUAUCAAAAUUCACCUUCAGAUGGAAAUUUUUCUGUUGGAACUAUAACUAUGAUAGAAGAAAACUCUAUGCAUAUAUUCUUACAAAUACCUCAGUAUGUGAUUAUGACCGCUGGUGAAAUAAUGUUUUCUGUGACUGGACUAGAAUUUUCAUACUCACAAGCUCCUAGCAGUAUGAAAUCUGUGUUACAAGCAGCAUGGCAGCUUACUGUAGCAUUUGGAAAUUUAAUUGUGCUUGUGAUAGCUGAACUCAGCUUAUUUGACAAAAUGUCACAUGAACUAUUUAUGUUUGCCAUAAUGAUGUUUAUCGACAUGAUUAUUUUUGCUAUCAUGGCAUACUUUUAUAAAUAUGUGAAACGCAACAAUACAGAAGAAUCAGAAACUAGACCUGAGAAUGGAAAAUCCAAUAAAGCAUAUGAAGAAGAAACAGACUUCAAUAAGUGAAAAAAAAAAAAAUCUGUUGCUGUAAAAUGUACAUAAUAUAUUACAAAAUACAGGAAUGAGAAAGGAUAUAUUUCUCUAUACAUCCUGUUCAGCAAAUUUUGGUACAGCAUUCAUAUGCAGCACAAACUGAAACCAUAGCGACUUUGUGCAACUGAGUUAUUGACUUUGUGUGUAAUAUUUUUAUAAAAAGUUCUUGUUGCCGCAGAAGUAGGGUAAUGAAUGAGUACUUACAAAAUGCAAAGACUGAGGGAAUUCAUUCUCAUACUCAUAAACAAAUGCAAAUUUUAUUUGCAUAACUUGUGACUUAUUAAAUUUUUACCUGCAGUUUUAUUACUAAAACUGCAAUGAAUAAGAAUCCAUUAUAACAAAAAAUUAAUUUAUUACAAGCAACCUUUAAUAACCUAUAAAACUUUUGAUUUUCUUUGAUAUAAAAUAUCAAUGAUUUUAUGAUUUAAAUUCUUUAGGUAUUAAGUUCUAAAUAGUUGUGAAAAAUUAUCCAAAAACAGUAGAAAAAGUAACCAAAAUGGUAUUAAAAUGCAAAAUAAUUUUAAAUAUUUAUGCAUUUGAAUGCUUUGUAUAUUCUCUUGAUGGAUAAUAUAUAUAUAUUUGUAAAAAAAAAUAGCAGCUAUUUAUUAUAUUUUUUAAGAAUGAUAAAUUUUAUGUCAUUCAGAAUUACUGUAAAUUAAUAAAAAAAUAAUUUUUGAACAUUUAGUAUAAUCCUGGUUUUAUGCAAUUAGUUUAAAGGUAUUUUUCAGGUUCUUAUGCAGGAUAUCUGUAUGCACACAGUUUUAAAUUUAUAUACAAUACCUGUUGCUUAUUAAAAUCAUUUCCAUUUGAAGCAUAUUUAUGUUUAUUAAGUGGAUGAGUUUAAUAAACAGCGAUUAUAAUGUUGCAAAUUACAUUAUCAACUUUGAAUUUAUUUUGUAAGAUAGUCAUUAACAUUUAAUCUAAUAAUCAAUACCUAUAUUAUUAAAGUUUAUUUUUACAUAUUCACAAAACUUAGAAAUUUAUUUUGUAUUUAUUUUUCAUAAAAAAAUUUUAUGAUUACAUACCUGAAGAAAUUUUAAACUUUUACAAAGAACUUCUCUAUCCAUAUUUGUUUCACAUUGUUCGUCAACAGUCUUUUACUUGUAUUUUCAAGUUCAUUAACUGUUGGUAGCUUUUCUGAUGUUUCCUUUUGAAUUCAAGAGUUCACAGUGCUUUUCUCGAUUCAGCAGAGCCUGGCAUUUCUGCAGCUCUUUUAACACUUUCUAUACUAUCAUAGUAAAUGUUUCCAAAAGGUGUCUCAAUAUUAUUGUCAACUGCAAUGUAUUCUAAAAAAGAAUCUUUGUUCCUUUCUCUAACUGAUGUUCAAAAUAUUAAAAAUAGCUUACAAUUCCUCUGUGGCUUCUUCUAAAUAAAAAGCAUAUUUUCCAAAGCAAUUCAUAACUGUGUUUUGGGAGACUGCUUCCCAUGCACUAUGGGGACUAUUAUAUGCAUAGCCUUUAACAAACAUAUCAAUAUAGUUAUCUCCUUCAAAGUGUUUACACUUUCAAAAGUUUAAUUUCGUUUAUCUUUUUCUGAACGAGACCUUUUCUGUAAUUAUAUUUAAAAGCUUUUAUAACACCUUGGUCUAAGGGCUGAAUGACAUAAGUCAUAGUUGCAGGAUUCAAUACUAAUUUAAUGUUUUCAGAAAAUGAUAUCAGAGGGAUAUGCAGCAGUUAUCUAAUAGUAAAGCUAUUUUUUUCAUUUUUCAGUUCUCUGCCCCAUUUCGAAAGGAAUUUAGUAAAAAUACUCUUUGUCAUCCAUGAAUUCUUAUUAUUAUGGUAAGUUAAAGGUAAAUUCUUGACUCCUUUUAAAUACAGGAGGUUUUCUACUCGUUCCAAUAACCACUGACAUCUUUUUAAUCGUUUAUAUUGCACACACCAACUCAUUCUUUAAAGUUUCUUAAAACCAGCUGCUGUUUUAAAUUAAAACAUUAAUGUGUGCUCCGGUAAUGGUCUUCAAAACAAAUUGGUUUCAUCUGUGUUAUAAAUUUCAUGUGCCUUGCAUUUUUUAGAAGCUUGGGUGAAACAUCUUUUUAUCCAUUUCUCAGCCAACUGAUAAUCUGUCCUAUCUUCUCACCAUGUAGUUUCCAAAAAACAAUAUUUCUCUCUUUUCAUCUUUACGCCAUCCAAUAGCACAAAAUUUUCUCCUAGCGUUUUAGAAAAUUCUACAGCCUAUGUAGUCAAAAAAGCUUCAGAAAUUGGAACAUUUUUUAAUCUCAUAGCUUGAAACUAUUCUAGAAGAGCAGUUUCAACAUCUCUCAAUUUCCCAUUCUUUUAUCCUUCCUGAAACUUUUUUUCUGCUUUUUUAUAAAUUUUAUUUCUUUGUUUAAGUAAAGUGCACAAUGCUACUUGGGAAAUCCCCAUUUUUAUUACUGCUUCUCUCUGGCUGCAUUUAUAAAAUGUAGCCUAAUCUUUCAGCAAUUUAUCCUUUUCUUUCAGGCUUAAAUCAUUUUAAGCAUUUUUGACAUAUUACAAGUCUCGCACACACUCCAAAUAAAAAACAUUUCUUCCAGUGACUUUUCAAAAUCUAAAAUUCUCAUUUCUUGCCAGCAGGCUGCACUUUCGUCGACUAUUUAUAGGCAUAAUCAAUGAUUUCUUUUCUUUUUUCUUCAGCCUAAUCAAAGCCUGAUAAUGCAAGGAAGCAUUUCAUAAUGUUUUCUAAGAACACCUCCAAACUUAAUGUGUGUAUGCACGUUCCCUGUCAGCUGGUAUUCAAGGAAGGAGACCAGUGUUCACUUAAGCACCACCUAUUCUUUAAUCCUAAGAAACAGUCAUUCAUUUAUAAUCAAAGAACUUGUUUCUAAUGCCUCUUCUAGAGGGUUGCUUUUGUUAAUUAUUGGUGUUGGACGGUUUUGUUUGGUUUAUUGUGAUUAACACUAGAACGGCGGUAGGGAUCAUUUUGACCCCUGAACACUUUUGACAAUUGAUUACUUUUGUUUUAUUAGAAGAAAUCGUUUGGAAUCUUUUGACUUUUCCUAACUAGAUAACAAAAAUUUGUAAAAAAAUGUUCAGCAUUCUAGGUUUGUUAGUUUUUGAAAUAUUGGCAUGUAUUCCUAGAAGGGCAAAUGAGGGUGAUUUUGACCUCUUUACUUUUAUCCCUCUUUAAGCUCGAGGUAUUGUCAAAUAACUCAUGAAAAGCAUACAUAUUGUUUUUAAUAUUUUGGAUCACGCAGCUUUGAACGUCUGGAUAAUUUAUAAAAGUGUAACAGGAAAUACCAUUAACAGGAGAGAUUUUCUACUGAAAUUAGGAAAAGAGUUGAGUGGUACAUAUGGCUUCAAAACUCCCAAAAAUCCUUCCUGAGUCUUCAGAAAAAGCGCUUGAAAAGAAAAUGGAUAGAAAGAGAAAAAAGUGUCAAGUACAGAGAUGCAAUGGAAACAAAUAUCAAGAAUACUGAUCAUCUUGUUCCAAAGUUGUGUGCGGAAAAUGCACUGAAAAAAUUGUUAAAAAUUAUUUUUGUAUCAGCUGUAUUAUUUCUUAAUACGUAUGUGUAAUCUCUAAUAUUUUAAACAUUAAGUAGAAUUGAAACGAAAUGCUUUACAUAUUCCCAUUCAGCUACACAUGUAAUGAUAUAACUGAAACAUCAGACAACAUUUCUCAUUUCUGGAUUUAGAGAGUGAAUCAUCCAUCCUCCGAGUGAAUACAUAAAAAAUAUUAUUAUAGAUAUUGUGUUUUAUUUUAGUUAACAUUAGCUUUAAUUUAUGAAACUAUUUAUUUGAAAUCAAUUCUUAUAUCAAAUUAAUGAGUUAUUUGAGUAAAUGUAGUAUGAUCCAAUUGAUCGCCAUGUACUCAAUACAUUUACAGUAUUUUAAAAAGGUUGAUGAGUUAUCAUGUGAUAUUAAAUAUAAAUUAUGAAAUACA